AUGCGUGCUGACGAGGUGGAAGAUGCUGUGCGCAAGGAGUGGAAGUUCACCGCGCGGGUCAUCGAUCGCUUCUGCCUGGUCCUCUUCAGUAUUGACGCCGUGCGCAAGGAGGGGAAUUUCACUGCCCGAGUCAUCAAUCGAUUCUGCCUGGUCCUCUUCAUUAUUGUCACGUUUAUAAACACCUUCGGGAUGUUCUUUUUUGCGCCUAAAAUUAUUUAA